CCGCACGCCCCUAUCCAUAAGGUACGCACCCGCAAGGAAACCACCCACGCAUCCGUCCUUCAGACGAACUCCCACGUUGCUCCUGCCUCCAGACACUCGAGAUCCAUCUCCAGCUGUCGUUGUGCGUCUCCUCGCAGUAACCACGAGCCUGCAGAAUCCCCCACUGACGUCAAGCCCGCAUCCGCCUAGGUUCCUGUUUAUAUCGCAACACCACACCACAUACACACGGCCAAGUCAGCAACAUGGCUACCGAGACUCCCACCUUCAAGCUCGUCCUCGUCGGCGAUGGCGGUACCGGAAAGACCACCUUCGUCAAGCGCCACUUGACUGGUGAGUUCGAGAAGAAGUACAUGGCCACCCUCGGUGUCGAGGUCCACCCUCUCGGCUUCUCAACCAACUUCGGCCAAAUCACCUUCGAUGUCUGGGAUACCGCCGGUCAGGAGAAGUUCGGUGGUCUCCGUGACGGUUACUACAUCAACGGCCAAUGCGGUAUCAUCAUGUUCGAUGUCACCUCCCGUAUCACCUACAAGAACGUCCCCAACUGGCACCGUGACCUCGUCCGUGUCUGCGAGAACAUCCCCAUCGUUCUCUGCGGCAACAAGGUCGAUGUCAAGGAGCGCAAGGUCAAGGCCAAGACCAUCACCUUCCACCGCAAGAAGAACCUCCAGUACUACGAUAUCUCGGCCAAGUCCAACUACAACUUCGAGAAGCCCUUCCUGUGGCUCGCCCGGAAGCUUGUUGGCAACCCCACCCUUGAUUUCGUUGCCGCGCCUGCUCUUGCUCCUCCCACUACCCAGGUCGACGAGGCGCUGCUGGCCCAGUACCAGCAGGAGAUGAACGAAGCUGCCAACCAGCCCCUGCCCGACGACGACAACGAUGAUGACUUGUAAAUAGUCGGCAUAUAACGAAGGAUGAGCCAGCCGAGGCGUGGCAAGGCGAAUCGAUAAAUCGUCUCCCGGCACUCACGCGCUCGGUUGGUGAGGACAUGUGGAUACGACGACGGGGCACGAUAAUCAUGUUGAGCUCGACACGGAGCAAGACUUUUAUGACGACAAGUCGCGCAGUCUCGAGACAAAAGACGAAAAAGCGCUUUGAUUUGGGAGGGUUGAACGUCAAGACAUCCUCGAGGGAGGAGGUGUUGACUUUCUCCAACGCUUCGCUGCCGUUCGCCAGCUUCUAGAUAGCAAGAUAGCACCAGCCAUAGACCUCACUGACGACCAAAGGAUGAAACGGACAUCCAACCAGCAGGCAUCUGUUCUUUUGCAAU